GCCGCCUGGGUUUCCUGGCAGGGCUCAGGGCCGCGUUUCCACCAUGGGGGCUUGGCAGCGUCUGCGGCAUGUUGGCGGGCUGUCGUUCUGGGGUGGUGGCGGGGCCGCCGCCCCUCUCGGGGGCGGCCGAGCGUUGGCUUGUCGGCGCCAGUUAUCUGGCGCAGAGAGUGAGACCCUAAAACAAAGAAGAACACAAAUCAUGUCCCGAGGACUUCCAAAGCAGAAACCGAUAGAAGGUGUUAAACAAGUUAUAGUUGUGGCUUCUGGAAAGGGUGGAGUUGGAAAGUCGACUACAGCAGUGAAUCUUGCACUUGCCCUAGCAGCAAAUGAUUCGUCAAAGGCCAUUGGCUUGUUGGAUGUGGAUGUGUAUGGCCCUUCAAUUCCAAAGAUGAUGAAUCUCAAAGGAAAUCCAGAAUUAUCACAGAAUAACCUAAUGAGGCCUCUUUUGAAUUAUGGUAUUGCUUGUAUGUCUAUGGGCUUCCUGGUUGAAGAGACUGCACCAGUUGUUUGGAGAGGCCUUAUGGUAAUGUCAGCCAUUGAGAAACUGUUGAGGCAGGUAGACUGGGGUCAACUGGACUAUUUAGUUGUUGACAUGCCACCAGGAACUGGAGAUGUGCAGUUAUCCGUGUCACAGAAUAUUCCCAUUUCAG